CAUAUAUUUUUCGUAUAUUUAUUCUUUCUUUAAUGCGUGCUUAAAACGCUUACAAGUAAGACCUUGGCUGCCCGCCGGUAAGCCUUAAACCAGACCACUAUUAAAACCCUAAAACCAUCGUUAGCAAUUAGCAAAUAGCAAAUCUAAAGUUUACAGUCGCAGAGAUGUAUCAACUUGCUUCUCACUACGUCUCAAUCGAUUUGCCGGCGCUAAGUGGGCCAAAGAUUUGGUGCCCGUUUGGUUCGUCUCGGAGAGAGUUCAAACUUCGUGUUGUUUCCAUGACUGGAAAUGACGCCUCAAAUUACAUUCCUAAGGCUCCGAUUGUCCUUCCCGAAGGGCCGUGGAAGCAGAUUCCUGGGGGAGUCACUGCCGCGGAGGGAUUCAAAGCCGCCGGAUUGUAUGGCGGUUUGCGUGCUAAAGGCGAGAAACCCGACCUUGCGCUUGUUACUUGUGAUGAGGAAGCCAUAUCUGCAGGAGCGUUUACUACGAAUGUUGUUGCAGCUGCUCCGGUAUUGUACUGCAAAAAGGCAUUAAAUGUUUCAAAAACGGCACGUGCAGUGUUAAUAAAUGCUGGCCAAGCCAAUGCAGCAACGGGUGAUGCAGGAUACCAGGAUGUGAUAGAAUGUGCCAACAAACUUGCUGAGCUACUUCAAAUAAUGCCAGAGGAAGUGUUUAUUGAAUCCACUGGUGUAAUUGGUCGAAGAAUAAAGAAGGAGGAACUUUUGAAUUCACUUCCAAAACUAGUUAAUUCGCUGUCAUCAUCAAUUGAAGGGGCAGAUUCUGCAGCAGUGGCAAUUACAACAACUGAUCUAGUUAGCAAGAGUGUAGCACUUGAAUCUAAGGUAGGAGGAAGAAGAGUAAGGAUUGGGGGCAUGGCAAAAGGUUCUGGAAUGAUCCACCCAAAUAUGGCUACCAUGCUUGGUGUAAUAACAACUGAUGCCCUGGUUGCAAGUGAUGUUUGGAGAAAGAUGGUGCAGACUGCUGUGAACAGAAGUUUCAACCAGAUAACUGUAGAUGGAGAUACUAGUACCAAUGAUACUGUUAUUGCUUUGGCUAGUGGGUUAUCUGGAUCAACCAGGAUAGUUUCUAUAAACAGUUAUGAGGCAAUUCAACUCCAAGAACGCCUGGAUGUGGUAAUGCAAGGUCUAGCCAAAUCAGUAGCUUGGGAUGGAGAAGGAGCAACAUGCCUAAUAGAGGUGACUGUGACAGGUGCAGACAGUGAGGCUGAAGCAGCAAAGAUUGCACGUUCAGUGGCAUCUUCUUCACUUGUUAAGGCUGCUGUAUACGGCAGAGACCCAAAUUGGGGACGUAUUGCUGCUGCUGCUGGCUAUGCAGGGAUUUCUUUCCACCAAAACAAACUUAGAGUAUUGCUAGGUGAUAUCCUGCUCAUGGAUGCUGGGGAACCACAACCGUUUGACGCGGUGGCAGCAAGUAACUAUCUGAAGAAGGCUGGUGAGACCCACGGUACAGUUGGAAUUUGUAUAUCCGUCGGUGACGGGUCGGGAAGCGGGCAAGCAUGGGGCUGCGAUCUAAGUUAUGAUUAUGUCAAAAUAAACGCCGAGUACACAUCAUAGAAGAAUCCUUGUGUGGCGUCUCAAUAUUUCUGGCCACUUCACCAGACUCUUAAAGAUAUGAUUAAACCCUUUUAUCAAAAACAUUUUGUUUUUUUUUUUGGGUGACAAGGUUAUAGCAUGCAUGUGUUUUUUUCUUUAGAGAUGAGUGAAAUCUGCAUAGGGAAGUCGUGCCAUCUUGCCUCUUUGUAACACGAUAUGUUCUCGCACUGCUGUUGGAUUGAGAUGAAUUACCGUUGUCUAAUCAACGAUUGCAAAUAAAACUUCGGAGCCCUGAAUAGAGCAUAAGAAUUUAAACGAA